GUCCGUUGGGGUAUGCUAGCUAGCUAGUGCGUGAUAUACAGUGAGGCGACAGCUGCCGGACGGAUCAGUAGUCGAUGGGACGUGUCAGCGAGAACAUCUCAAGAAUAUCGCCGUUUGAUGGAGAGAGUGUUGUUCUGAAGAGCAAUUAAGCGCCGUCGGUUCUUGGAGGUUGGGCGUUUUGUGUGAUGAAGACGAUGUGGGCACAGCUGGAGAGGUUAUUAGGCGGGAGUGCUGUUUGGUGUCGAAUUUACUUCUAGGAUAAUACGAUUAGGAUUGCCGGCUGGUGGCGUUGAGCACCUGAACAAACGGUUCGUUAAUUGUGGUUUCCCUUUCGGAAAGGGAGUGUCCUUUCGUGGCAUCUUGAGGCGGUGGGGUAGGUGUGUCACCUGUUGAAUAUGAAAUAAUGGGCACUUUCACCGGGGUUAUGUGAGAAUAGCGAUAGAGUUGACACGUUCUGUGUUUUAUGGUGUGGAAAGUUAAAGCCGGAUAGCAAAAUGUGAUUUAUGCUAAACUAAAGUGUUAUUUUAUGUUCGUUCGUGUUUUUCUUUAUGUUCACAAAACGAAGAAGAAGAUAAUAAAUUACAGUGAGCAUACUUAAUACAGUUCAAAAUGGUCAACGACAGCUACAGUUCCUUAGUGAUGGCGUCAACCUUGUCCUCGGUGGCCACCGGUGGCCUUUACAACACCACAGCCAUCCCAACCAACACCACUAUUGUGUCCUCGGGGAUGUCCCAAGAAGAAGAACUUGAAAUCGAAAUGAUCGUUUCACGAAUUGUACCCAUCUUUUUCGGACUGAUCGGAAUCACCGGUCUGCUCGGUAACGCCCUCGUAGUCCUCGUGGUCGUUUCGAACCCCAUGAUGCGAUCCACCACCAAUCUGCUGAUCAUCAACCUGGCCAUCGCCGACCUGCUGUUCGUGGUGUUCUGCAUCCCGUUCACCGCCACCGAUUACGUGCUCUCGUCGUGGCCCUUUGGAGAACUGUGGUGCAAGAUUGUGCAGUAUCUGAUCGUGGUGACGGCCCACGCCAGCAUCUACACGCUGGUGCUUAUGUCACUGGAUCGGUUUCUGGCGGUGGUGCACCCGAUAGCCAGCAUGGUCAUCCGGACCGAGCGGAACACGCUCUGGGCCAUUACGGUGCUGUGGGUGGUGAUCGUGACAACGGCGCUGCCCGUUAUGUUUGCCCAUGGAGUCAAUAAAAACCUGUACCAGGACCGGGAGAUCGCUUCCUGUACCUUCCUGGAGAACGACCAGUUCUCCCGUGCUGCCUUCCACAUUGCGUUCUUCUCCAGCUCCUACCUGGUGCCGCUGGUCCUGAUCAGCGUCCUGUACAUGUGCAUGCUGUCCCGGCUGUGGCGGAGUUCCGUCGGGGGGCGUUCCGCAGAGUCGAAGAAGAGCAAAAAACGGGUCACCCGGCUCGUGGUGGUCGUGGUCGCGGCCUUCGCGUCCCUCUGGUUCCCCAUACAGAUCAUACUGGUGCUAAAGAGUAUGGAGGUCUUUGUACCCGAUACGUACUUUAAGAUUUCGCUCCAAAUCAUCUCCCACGUGCUGGCGUACACGAGCUCCUGCAUCAAUCCACUGCUGUACGCGUUCCUGUCGGAAAACUUUCGGAAAGCGUUUCGAAAGAUCGUGUACUGUGGGCCCGGAAGUCGUCGCCACGGCAGCACCCGCCACAUGCCACUGCCAACGAAGACGACGCGCACCGGCAGCUGCCAGGGGCAGGACAUUUUAUAACCGGAAAUGGAGCAAACGUCCGUCGCAUACUUCUAGGAGGUUCACCAUCAACAUUAUCCAUCAACGUCGUUGUCGUCCAGCCAAUCAUCAUCAUCAUCAUCAUAACCAACAUCAUCGGCAGAAACGACCAGCAGCAGCCGUAUAAUCAUCCCCGACCACCAGGCGAAACGGGGCAAUUUGGUUAGGGGUGGUCCCGGGCUGGGAACGAUCACCCGAAUCCGGGACCGUUCUGCCACGACAUCGCACAACAUCACAAAUCACACGGAACCUAUCGCGCUUUUAUCGACUGUAACCGCUGGACGUGAACGUCCCAAAGCAUCAUAUCCCAUUAUCGGAGGACAAUAGUGGACACAGCGUUUUUGUGGAGUCACAACGAGGGCGACGGAGGUUUCAACGGGGCUGUAAAUGGACAGAGGGCAUCCGGAUCGUCGCAAAUUAUGCCAAGAUUGGACCAGAGCUGCUUUCGGUCCGGACCUGGAGCUUCGAAGCUUUCGAGACCCCCGCGGGAGCAGAAACCACCACCAGAUUAUCCCCAAUUAUGCUCCCAGAGAGUGUCUGGUUCCCAGGCUGAGUGCUCUCAAUCUUUGCUCCCAUGGACUCAGGGAAUCUGCUGCUGAUGCCGUUGUUCACCGGACUAAUUGCGCCCUGCAGCCAUGGCCAAGAUGCAAUUCUGAAGUGGCCACUCUAUCUUGGUAUCAAGUUCGUUCCUGGGAGUCAGAGCAAUGCUUUCUUGCACACAUCCAGAUAAUUAGGUAAUAAACGAGGGAUGAAAUUGUUCCUACCGGGGGUGUGUCAAUCCAGGUAUUCUGGGUGCUGGGAGCAGUUGCGAAGAAUUGGGGACGAUGCGACCUUUGAGAGCUGAGAAAACAUCACUUGGAUUGGGUUUGGUAGACGAUUAAACAACAGUAGCUUGGAGGAAGAUUCCUUGGACAGGGCAGGUUGAGACCGGGCAUAAAUGACUAUAAAUAAUUUGGUGCACAUUUUUGCAUUACAUAGGCAUGCAGAAUGCUUCUGGCUAUUUAUUGUACUGUGUUAUGAAAAUUUAUGACCUUUCAAGAAAGCUUCAAAUGCAAAACUCCAAAAGGAAUAUUAGCUUUAACAAAUGAACCUGUUGCUUGAUAAAUCAUUGAACAAUAUUUGCAUCGAUCAAACAUGAGUUUUUUGUCCCAAAAAUAUUUCAAGUGAUUUUGCCAAAUGCAUCAAAGGACAAUUGAACUCGAAGAAAACAUACAAAUCCCUGGCUUAAACAACGGAAACAAAUAUUUAAAGCCAGCGUUGUGUCCAUUUCUUUACUAGCGUCUCGCCCCGAAGGCUUUUCCUUAAAAGGUGCUACCAAAACGCGUAAAAAAGGUUGUAAAUACCGAAAAAGGUCCCUUCUUGAGAAUUUUCCUGCCAAUAAAAACAAAGCCGAAAAAAGCGAGCUCUCGAUUUUCCCUCUUGUCCUGCGCGGCCUCUGCGUAAGAUAAAUUACCCUCUGCCCCACAGGUAACCCACCUUUCAUCGCGUCGCAACAGUCAAAAGAAAAGAUGCUAAUUCAAAAUUCGCGAGAGAGAGAAAGAAAAAAAUGAUGAAAAAUGCACGUGGGUCGCGUCCGGUGCAGACGGAAUCGUGAAAUUAAGUGAUGAUAAAUAAAGCUCUUUGCUAGGGGAGAACCUGCAGCACAACAAAAAAAAAAACAAGGUAAAGUGCGAAGUGUACGUCCUUUUUGGGGGCCCUUCCCGGAAGGUAAAAGCGCAACCAUUUUACUGCUGCAACCAUAAAAAGUACAUCGAAGUUGAGGCUAGAGUUUUUUUUUGUGAAAAAUGAGGUAAAGGAAACAACCGAAACAGAUUACGACUUUUCUUUUAAACUCGAAAGAAAAAAAGAUUGAUUGAGUCGAGUUGAUAAAGAAACUUGUAGAUAGAUAGGCUACCAUUAUUAACGGAAAUAGGAAGUACCAACUGCUGUAGAUAAAUGUAGAAUUAUUUUAAAAGUGUAUUUUUGGCAAAGCAGAAAUCUACGAAUUUGUCACUAUUUUACUUACGAUGAGAAUCUUUAAAGUUGAAGAGAUUUAAAAGCUAGUCAAGGUCGCUUUUAGAUUUAACAGCCAUAUAGUAUAACUAGUAGUAGCAUAAUAGCAGAUCGUUAGUCAUGACUAGUCAAUGUUAGUGUUUAACUUGAUCUAUUUUGCUAUUAAAAAAAAAAAGUUUUAAGCAGAUUUUAUCAGUGCGAAUAAAAGUUUCGCGAAAUGCAAGCUUAACCAAUGAUGAGCCCCACAUUUUUCCAAAGUUUCCCAACAGUUUUAGCUAACUUUGUUUCAAUACAGAUAUUUUUAUGUUUUAUUUUAUUUUUCAUUACGAUUGCAUAAAAAAUGUACCAGAUUUUUUUCAAUUUUGAAUCAAGUUUUAAAAUGAAUUCAUUUUUACGUUUCCAAAUUACUUUCAACUCUAUUCGCCAUCAAAAUGUAAAAAUACCCGCCUACGAUCCAGUGAAAUUGUCCCUUCAUCCGAAAAUUUUCAAAAAUUAAUAGAAAUAUCUCGUCCGUAACCAAUUUCCCCAUAGCAGCACAAACCCCAGCAAUAAAAUCAUCUAAAAUAUGGUGCCACCAGUUAGCACCACGUCAAUCUGACUUAUUAAAUGGAUGCCCGCUUCGCGCCAGUUUCACACGCUCUAAACCAGAAAACGGCGUCGACGACCAGAAAUCUGCGAACCGAGGCGAUCGAAACUAUUUGACACACAUGAACGAUAGAUGAUUCUUUGGAGUAAAUUGCCAAAUUUGGCACGCUUUCAUCAAAAUUGCUCGGAGACCAUGCGCCUCCACUAAAAGUUGGAAUUCUGAAUAGUUUGAUGGAGCCGCAUGGUGUCCUAAUGAUUUUCAAAAAGCUUCCCUGUUUAGACCGCCAUACAAAAGUUUUGUGUU